CAGUGGAGAUGGACAUCUCAAAGUUCACUCGUUUCAUCAUUUUUCUUGCUUUAUUUGUUUUCUUCUUCUCUUGUCUUUCUUCAACAGGUCAGUGGCCAACUAUAUUGUUUCCAUUCUCAAGCUCUUGAAAAGUUGGGUUUUUUUUUAGUGUUUUUAUUCCUGUUCUUUGGUUCAACUAUCCAUUUGCUUGGAUUCAGCUUGACUUUUUCUGUCUGGUGGUUGUGAUUGGGUGGGAAGAGUCACAAAUGUAUUUUAUUAGUGAUAUUGAUUCAGCAGAAAACUGUUUGAUUGAUUAUUGCUUUUUGAUGCUACAGGUUGAUGAAUGCCAUGUUUACAGUGAUAUAUCAGAUGAAACCUUGUCCUGUUUUGGAUAAGAAGUCUUGAUUUUAUUAGAUUUUGAUUUGCUGAUGAAUGUUCAUUGAAGAGCUUUGCAUUUCCAAAGCAUAUGAUCCACUUGAUCCAAAUGGAAAUAUAACAAUCAAAUGGGAUAUCAUGCAGUGGACACCGGAUGGCUAUGUUGCAGUUGUUACAAUAUAUAAUUUCCAAAAAUACCGCCAUAUCCAAGCGCCGGGAUGGACACUUGGAUGGUCAUGGGCAAAGAAGGAGGUCAUCUGGUCCAUGGUCGGAGGACAAGCAACGGAGCAAGGUGAUUGCUCAAGAUUCAAAGGCAACAUCCCACAUUGCUGCAAGAAGAAUCCUGCUAUCGUCGAUCUACUUCCGGGAACUCCAUAUAACAUGCAGAUUGCAAAUUGCUGCAAAGGAGGAGUGCUUAAUUCAUUGAUACAAGAUCCAUCUACUGCAUCAAGUUCUUUCCAAUUAAGCGUUGGAGCAGCCGGAACUAGUAACAAGACAGUCAGGGUGCCCAAAAACUUCACACUCAAAGCUCCCGGACCUGGUUAUACAUGUGGAAUUGCAAAGGUUGUGAGACCCAGUAAAUUUGCGUCGCAGGAUGGAAGGAGAACAACUCAAGCAUUGAUGACAUGGAAUGUGACAUGUACAUAUUCGCAAUUUUUGGCACAAAAGACCCCGUCGUGCUGCGUAUCGCUCUCGUCUUUCUACAAUGAUACGAUUGUCAAUUGCCCGACGUGUGCCUGUGGCUGCCAAAACAAUAUAGCACAACCGGGAAGCUGUGUUGAGGGAGAUUCACCGUACUUUGCUUCUGCCAUUAAUAGACUGGACAAAACCAGUUCUGCACCGAUCGUCCAAUGCACUUCUCAUAUGUGCCCGAUUCGAGUUCAUUGGCAUGUCAAGCUCAACUACAAGGAAUACUGGAGAACCAAGAUCACAGUAACAAAUUUUAAUUACCAAAUGAAUUACAGCCAGUGGAACUUGGUCAUCCAGCAUCCGAAUUUCGAUAAUCUCACACAAAUCUUCAGUUUCAAUUACAAUUCUUUGACACCCUACGGAAACAUAAAUGAUACUGCAAUGCUCUGGGGGAUUAAGUACUACAAUGAUUUACUCAUUGAGGCUGGUCCUUACGGUAAUGUACAGUCUGAACUUUUAUUCAAGAAGGAUUUGUCGACUUUUACUUUCGACAAAGGAUGGGCAUUUCCGCGUCGUGUAUAUUUCAAUGGAGAUAACUGUGUUAUGCCGCCUCCUGACUCAUAUCCCUGGUUACCAAACGCGAGUAUUCGUACAAAAAGUCCCAUGCUUCUUCCGAUCAUUGUAUUCUUGGCAGCUUUUUGGUGUCUAUCCUUCGGAUAUGGUCGAUAACUUAAAAUUUUCCAAAGCGAUAAAUAGAUCAUACACAGAGAUAUAUCACAUACAUCACUCUGAUCUUUCAUGCUCAUGUAAAUGUAAAGCAUAGGAAUAUUCAAUGAUAAAGUUGCAUCGAUAAUUUAUUUAAUAUAGGAAAAUUUUGUUAAAA